GCCAAUAUGUGUGUGCGUGUGUGUUUGUGUGACUGUUCUGUUUUGGACCUCACAAGUCAGUUGUGGCACGCCGAUUAGUAAGCAUUUUAACGUUGAAGAGUUAACUAACGGCCUACCACAAUUUGAGAGAGUUCUUCUUGUUUUGUUUUUCUGUUUCGGCUUUUAGUUUGAUUUUGUUGUUAAAGUUUAUGUUAUUGUGGUUAUUGGUGUUAUUGUAACUUUAAGAAACCAGGCAGUUGUUGCUGCUGACCGUCACCGGUUGCCGUGGUUAAUUUACACGCCAUUAAAUACCUACGUUUGACAAGUUCAAAAGGACGCGAAGGACAUUCAAAUGACCGGUGUCAGAUUUUUAAUUACUUGCCCCAGUUAUUGUCAAAGUGCCUUGGAGUUCAGUGGAGAAUUUCCGAAUAAUUAUUAAAUGCCUCCAGAAGUGACCUUUAUUAGAGAUUUAUUUAAUAUUUCUAAGUGUUUUGAUUUGUUGUUGUGAUUUUCGAUUUGGCACAAAGCCGAAACCAAAACAUUUCGUCAUACCACCUCCCAAAAAAAAGUAAAUAGCAAAUGUAAACGGAACUAACUAAACACUGCGGCAUUGCAAAUAAAAACAAAAACAACUCAGCAAAAUCCAAAAAAAACAAAAAAAAACAGAAAAAAAACGCGAAGUCAGUCACAGCCAAAAAAAGUGAUUCAUUGUAACGAAUGACUUCACUCUUUCCCAGAACCACGAACGUUCUAUGGAAAUUUCGUUUGGAAUUUCUAAAGCACCCGCAACAACAACAUCAUCAUCAGCAUUAUUAUCGAAAAGCAACAGAACUGCUUUGGAAGUGGAUGUAAACACGGCGUAGCUGGCUUCACACCAUCAUCAAGCUGUUUGGAGGGGAAAGACCCAACCGCGAAUCAAAUAUCGCCAACGAAAUUCUUGUUGUUGUUUCAUUUUAUUGAUUUCCAUUCAUUGGGUGAACGUGCCCCGUAGCCCGUCACCCACCUCGCCGCAACAAUGAUAUUUAUCUUUGAUUUGUUAAAACCCUUACUCGUUUAUGGCUUUGUUGUCAUUUUCACGAUAUUGACUCACAUUUUCAAAACUAUCGUUUAUCAAGUGCACUCCAUAGAUAUUUGAAAUGUUGUCGUCGACGUUGUCGUCGUUUAUCUAAUAUUAUUCGCGCUAAUGUUUCGAGGUUUUGAGAAUUCUUGUUGCUGUCAUUUGCCGGUCUUAUCAUCAGCAGCAGCAGAAGCAGCAAUGAGUGUGACUCGCUUAAAAGCAAAGAUGUUUACAAAAAGUGUCAAGAGAAUGAAGCAGCACAAAAAUAACAAUACCCACUCACUCACCACACACACACACACAAUGCACGGAAGAAGAACAUUUUUCAUCGUCAAACCAAUUGACUGAUCGUGGCUGGUGAUAGGAGUGUGGCGGGCCUCAUGACCAUACCGUAUGCGCAUGCAUGUUGCAAUGUAAUUUAAUACCGAAAAGCCAUCAUCAUUAGCAAUGAUGAUAAGGAUUUUAUGACUAUGAACGGGGAAAAUUGAAAUGGUCAUAUUUGGAUUGCAGGACUGCGGUGGAAUGAUUAGUUUCAGCGACUACGCCAUCAUAUAGAGCAACAAAUAAUGUAUCAUAAAAACAAAAACAAAUCCCUCACAUGAAGGUGUGUGUUUUUCAACUGAUAACCACUACCUGCUGCUCCUACACUCAGGUUCGACUGACAAUGCUGCCAAAACACUGACUAAUUUUCCAAUAGACCACUCUACAACUACAACUACUUAACACUCUGCCGAUAAUUUCGACAAUGGAAAAAUUACCAACAAUGUGUAAUCUAUUUCGUUGGUUAGUUAGGUUCGAUAAUGUGGUCAUUAAUACACAGCCUGGCUGACUGAGUGACGAUGAAGGGUGUCAGCAAGGGUGGCAUAAUUAACAAAAAAAAAGAGAAAAUUCUAACUGCCAUGGCAUGGCAUUCAUCAUUCAGUCAUAGGUAUUCGUUCAAUGGACAUGUUUGCCACGUCUCAAGGAGAACCGCUGUUACGGAAGAACACCUCGGCGGCCAUUAUCGAAAACGACAAUAUUCGCGCGAAUGCCAUACAAAUCGAACGCUACGAACAGAUGCAACUGAAGCGAAAGUGUCGCACAAAAGCCCUGUUAAUUAUUUUAGUGUGUCUGUGUGUAACGGGUUUCCUAACAUGGCUAUAUAUCGAUCAUACGGUGCCGGAAUUCAAUCAAUAUCGUUUGGUGAAAAGUUUCGAAGAGACCCCCUUGAACUAUGGCAACAACAACAGCGGCAGUGAUAAUGACCAACCACGCAUAAUUCUGUUAUGGAAUAGUUUCUUUGGCGAUGAACGUUGGUCUCUGCCCGACGAUUUAAUUGAUCCGGCAUAUUUCCACAAGGAGCUGCAGUGUCCUGUCUCGAAUUGUGUGCUAACCAAUCGCCGCGAUCUAUUUCCACAAAUACAAAUGUACGAUGCCAUAUUGUUUCAUACCGCCCAACCAUUUCCUGUAAUCAAUUCAGUGCCUUCACAACGCAGCGGACGUCAGUUGUAUGUCUUUGCUUUGAUGGAACCGCCGGGCGAGACAAAACACAUACUAUCGGAUGAGAGGGAUUUCUAUAAUUUAACCAUGACAUAUCGUACAGAUUCGGAUAUCAUUUGCGCCUACAAUUGGUUUGUCGACAAACAGACGGGUAUGCGCAUCCUACCAACGGAAUAUCCAAAAUGGCGUCCUGUUCCGAAUAUCUACAAUGAUACGGCAAUUUGGAGGCUAUGGCCAAAUAAAACGAAGACAGCUGCUUGGUUUGUUUCGCACUGUGAGACAUUGUCGAGACGUGAACAGUUGACGGCAGAGUUGCAAAAAUACAUCGAUGUUGAUGUCUAUGGAAAAUGUGGACCCAUGAGCUGCCCAAAUGGUUCACCGGAAUGCGAUCGACUACUGGAUGAAAAAUAUCAAUUUUACUUUUCCUUUGAGAAUUCACUUUGCAUUGAUUACAUAACGGAAAAACUCUACAAAAUUAUGAAACGCAAUAUUAUACCCGUCGUGUAUGGCGGUGCGAAUUAUAAGCAAUUUUUACCACCACAUUCCUAUAUAAAUGUUGAAGACUACUCCACCCCAGAGGAAUUGGCCAACUACCUGAAAUUUGUGGCGGAAAAUCCUAUCGAAUAUAUGCGUUAUUUUUGGUGGCGCGAACACUAUGAGCUACGCUUCUUUUCGCCAUUCUGUGAGCUGUGUCAAAGAUUGCAUCAAUCUCAAUAUUAUUUGAAAACUCAAAGCUACAGUGACAUCGAGCGAUGGUGGCUGCAGGGAAGUUGUCGCUUCAAGUCACGCAUUAAAUUCUAAAGAAUUAUUUUUUUAAAUAAAAAUCAAAUUAAUUUCUAGUCUAAGCAAUUAUCUAUAAGAGAUCUUUUUAAUUGUUGUAAAUCAAUUUUUUUGUUUUUGUGUUUCAAUUAGACCUAAUGCUAAACACAUGCAUACGAUACUUGUAACCUUGUUUCCUGUAACUGGCAUACGUAAAUGAUGUGAUAUAAAAAUGUUAUUUCUUUUUCUAUAAAAUACACAAUUAC